UGCGUGUAUUGCAAAUCGGGUUCCACACCAAACAUGGGGUCUCUCGAAGAAUUAUACCCACUUCCAUCAGUUAGCUAUACGGAGCUUCUACACGAUGAUAGAGACACUCGAGCUUCUGCAAGUGCAGAGCUUAUCAAGGCGCUGAGUUCCUAUGGAGCUUGUCGAAUUCGGGACCAUACCGUCCCACAGGGUAUUAUUGAUAAAUGCUUCGCAAAGAGCAGUGGCUUCUUUGAGAGACCCCUCGAAGAUAAACUUGUGGACUACGCAAAUUCGGGCGCGACAAGCAAGUCUCGAUUCGUCCCAUACGCAAGCGAAAAGAUUCGCGGAAUGACACACUUGGACGAAACCCUGGAAUUCCGAUACGGUGUUUAUGAACUAGGUAGAAAUUGGUCUGUACCAGGCAACGAGCUGGUGAAUGCUUCGAAGGAUAUGCACGAGGAGUGCAGUCGCAUUCAUGUCAACCUUCUUGAAUGUCUCUCUACAAAUCUGGAACUGCCUCAGUCCCUGAACUCCAUACACAGCAAACGAAACUCAUUCUUCGCUCCAUAUUACUACUACUUCGAGGAUGACAAGGACACCACGACUCUCCGUGUUCCUCCCCACAUCGAUCCUACAACCAUGCUGUUUUGUUUCCAAGACUCGCAUGCAGGUCUCAACGUCGCAGAUAUGAGUGGUUUUACGGGAAACAUCUCAACCACGGCCGUCCAAGACACUGCGCGCUUCGUUCCGGCCAAUUGCAAGCCUGGCGAAUUUCUUCUUCUGGCUGGUCAUAUUCUGAGGAGACUUAUCAACGAGGUUAAACACUCGGUACAUUUCGUAGAGCGGCCGCUGGGCUCUUCGGGGUACCAUUUGAAUUAUUGGAUUAUCCCUGAUUUGGAUACUAACUGUGACUUUGGGGAGAAAAAGGAGGACGUGGCAGAGUACCUGGCGAGAGUGUUUCCAGCGCCAUUGCGGAACGAUCAAGGCAGUUGACA